GCCACUCCCGAGGGAGUAGGAAUCUUUCUCCGGGAGCGCGCUCGGCGCGUUCCCAACGCCCAGUGCUGGAGGAAAAAAAAAAGGGGGGUGGCUUCUGGUCUCUCUGUGUUUUUAAGGAAGUAAAAGGUUGAAAAGUUGGGCUGCAAAGAAAAGUGGGAUAAGAAGGGGGGAAAUUGCGAAAACACACUGGGGACGUUUUCCAAGGUGGUUGAAAAGAUAACGACCCACCUCCUUCUCCCUAGACGAAAUUAUGAGCUGGGAUUUGCAAUGAAAGCACAAUGGGGCCCUUUUCCAGCCCCUGCUGGUUUUGCACGGGGUUCCUCCUGGUUUCUGUCUGGCCAGGCGCUUGGAGUACAGAAGUCUGCACGGGGACAGACAUGAAGCUGCAGCAUCCAGCCAGCCCAGAAAACCACCAUGCCACCCUCAGUCGUCUCUAUGAGAACUGUCAAGUUGUGCAAGGCAACCUGGAGAUCACCUAUCUGCCAGAAAAUGUGGACACAUCCUUUCUCAAGGACAUCAGAGAGGUCCAGGGAUAUGUGCUGAUUGCCAAGAAUCAUGUGCGCCACUUGCAGCUGGAGAGUCUCCUGAUCAUUCGUGGGACCCAGCUGUAUGAGGAAAAGUAUGCCCUGGCUGUCCUCAACAACACUGAUCCCAGCGGGAAUGUGGGACUACAGGAGCUGGGCUUGUUGAAUCUGACAGAGAUCUUGAAAGGUGGAGUGAUUGUAGAUGAGAACCUCCAGCUGUGUUUCCAGGAGACCAUCCACUGGGGAGCCAUCUUCCACAAGCACAAUUGGCACAACUACACGGAGAUCAGGAACUACCGUCGUCGGACCUGCCCUGACUGCAACAGAAUCUGCCCCAAUGGCCACUGCUGGAGAGAAGCAAUAGGGAGCUGUCAAACACUGACAAGCACAGUCUGUGCCAGUAGCUGUGCAAGGUGCAAGGGGAGACACCCGACCGAUUGUUGCCAUGAACAGUGUGCAGCUGGCUGCACGGGACCCAAACGCUCUGACUGCCUGGCCUGCCUGAACGUCAACCACAGUGGGCUUUGUGAACUGCAUUGCCCACUUCUCUUUGACUACAAUCCAGACACUUUUGAGCAUCUGCCCAAUCCAAAUGGACGUUAUACUUUUGGAGCAACUUGUGUUGCUGUAUGCCCUUAUAAUUACUUGGCUGCAGAAGUCGGGUCCUGUACUUUGGUGUGUCCUCAGAACAGCCAGGAGGUGAGCGUGGGCACCAUGCAAAAGUGUGAGAAGUGCAACAAGCCCUGCCCAAAAGUCUGCUAUGGUUUGGGGAUGGAUUUCCUGAAAGGGGUCCGUGCUGUCAGUGCCUCCAACAUCCACCACUUUGCUGGCUGCACCAAGAUCUUUGGCAACUUAGCCUUUCUGCCAGAGACUUUUACAGGGGAUCCUGCCACCAGUACACCACCCCUUGAUCCCAACCAGCUUAAGGUCUUUGAGAGCCUGAAGGAUCUAACAGGCUUCUUGUACAUUGAAUCCUGGCCAGAGAGCCUCGUUGACUUGAGCUCCUUCCAGAACCUUCAGGUGAUCCGGGGACGAGCACUCUACAAUGGAGUCUAUUCUCUAACAUUGCAAAACCUCAACAUCUCCUCGUUGGGCCUGCGGUCACUGCAAGAGAUUAGCAGUGGAAUGGUCCUUAUUCAUCACAACCCCAACCUUUGCUUCAUCCAAAACGUUCCUUGGGGAGACAUCUUCAGGAACCCUCGGCAGACCUUGUUCCAGAAUGACAACAGCCCAGUUCAAAAGUGUGAACAUGAAGGCCAGGUCUGCUUCUUCCUCUGCUCUCAGGGGCGCUGCUGGGGCCCCGGGGGAACUCAGUGCGUGUCCUGCAGCGGGUUCCUGCGUGGGGAUGAAUGUGUUGAGAACUGCAGCGUUCUGGAUGGAAAGAUCCGGGAACAUGUCAACGGGACGCGGUGCCUUCCAUGCCAUUCCGAGUGCAUGCCCCAAAAUGGGACAGAGUCCUGCAAUGGAUCGGAUGCAGACCAGUGUGCGGCUUGUGCCCAUUACAAAGAUGGCCCCUACUGUGUGGAGCAGUGUCCCAGCGGUGUGAAAGUUGAUGGCUCUUUUGUACCCAUCUGGAAGUAUCCCGAUGAUGAAGGCAUCUGUCAGUACUGCCCAACCAACUGCACCCACUCGUGUACAUUACGGGAUGAACGUGGCUGCCCAGUGGAUCAGAAACCCAGCCAGGCUACGUCCAUCAUCGCUGGUGUGGUGGGUGCUGCGCUUGUCCUGGUUCUGUUGUUCCUCACCAUCAUUUGCAUCAACCGGCGGAAGCAGCAAGAGAGGAAGCACACGAUGCGACGUCUCCUGCAGGAGACGGAGUUGGUGGAGCCAUUGACACCCAGUGGAGCCCUACCUAAUCAGGCUCAGAUGCGUAUUCUCAAGGAGACAGAAUUGAAAAAAGUCAAAGUUUUGGGGUCAGGUGCUUUUGGAACAGUGUACAAGGGAGUUUGGAUUCCAGAUGGCGAGAGUGUGAAGAUCCCAGUGGCCAUCAAAGUCUUACGGGAAAACACCUCCCCCAAAGCUAAUAAGGAGAUUUUGGAUGAGGCUUAUGUCAUGGCAGGUGUAGGCAGCCCUUACGUCUCACGGCUGUUGGGAAUCUGCCUCACCUCCACCGUGCAGCUGGUGACUCAGCUCAUGCCGUAUGGCUGCCUGCUAGACUACGUGAGGGAGAACAAGGACCGCAUUGGAUCCCAGGACCUCCUUAAUUGGUGUGUGCAGAUAGCAAAGGGCAUGAACUACCUGGAGGAUGUCCGUCUGGUCCACCGGGACUUGGCUGCCCGGAAUGUCCUGGUGAAAAGCCCAAACCAUGUGAAGAUCACAGAUUUUGGCUUGGCCCGACUGCUGGACAUUGAUGAGACAGAAUAUCAUGCUGAUGGAGGGAAGGUACCUAUCAAGUGGAUGGCACUGGAGUCCAUCUUGCGCAGGCGUUUCACACACCAAAGUGAUGUGUGGAGCUAUGGUGUUACUGUGUGGGAACUGAUGACAUUUGGUGCCAAGCCAUAUGAUGGUAUCCCAGCCCGAGAGAUCCCUGACCUACUGGAGAAAGGAGAGAGGUUGCCUCAGCCCCCCAUAUGCACCAUUGAUGUCUACAUGAUCAUGGUGAAAUGUUGGAUGAUCGACUCAGAAUGCCGGCCCAAGUUCCGAGAACUUGUCACUGAAUUCACACGUAUGGCCAGGGAUCCACAGCGUUUUGUGGUCAUCCAGAAUGAUGAUAAAAUGGGUCUAGUCAGCCCCAUAGACAGCACGUUCUACCGCACUUUACUAGAGGAACAAGACAUGCAAGAUCUGGUAGAUGCAGAAGAGUACUUGGUUCCCCACCAAGGCUUCUUCAAUGGCGAGGCAUCGAGUGACUAUCGAUCUAGGAUUCCCUCAACCAGGAGUGCCACAGAGACUCCAAUGGAUGCAGAGGAGACUGAGGAACUAGAUCAGUACCCGUUUUUGGGUCCACCUCUCUCGGAAGAGCCAGAAACUGUCAUCUCUGACUUGCUUGAGGGGGACUAUACAGGAAGCACUCUUCAGCGUUACAGCGAAGAUCCUACCUGUGCCUCAAUUAAUGAAAAUGAGAGUUCAGAAGCCAAGAGCCAUAAUUCACCUGUACCUUCUGGUAUGGUUCCAGAGUAUGUGAACCAGCCAGAAAACAGUCUCCCAUCCAGCAAAGGCCUUCGACCACCGGGAUCCAUACUGGAAAUGCCAAAGGGUCACCUGGGCAAGAAUGGGCUCAUCAAGGAACCAAAGAAUGCCUUCCCCAGCAGCUUCACCAAUGUGGUGGAAAACCCAGAAUACCUGACUCCAUGCAACCUCCCUCUGGCCGGCCCUUUGCCACAAGCCUUUGACAACCUAUAUUACUGGAACCAGGAGACUCCUAAGAACCACCCAGCAGAAUUUUUUGCCACCUCUGCUGCUCCUGCUGCCACCACUAACAGCUUUGCAGCAACCCCAACUGCAGAGAACCUGGAGUACCUAGGCCUAGCAGAAUCGGUUACUCGGUCCAAAGACUUUGCAUGAAGGCUGUUCCCCACCGUCAUCAGUAAAAUCUAUUUUUGUUACCAGGCAGCUCAGGACACAGACUAAUAAAACUAUUAAUGCAUGUAAGAUAAGCAGGAUUUAUUAAGGCCUGAAUAGCCCUCUUAAGGCCUAGCAGGCCCAUUCCUUCUAGUCCUAGCAGUUGGGCAAAGGCACUUUAUGACAAUCUCCAGUCAUACAGUUCAGGCAACCCAGCUAUCAUUUGACAUACAGACAAAAAGGAUUGCUCUUUCACAUCUCAUCCCCUCUCUGUCCCUGCCUUUCUCUUCCAUAGAAUACAAGACAAGAGGGUCGACUACUGAUUGGAUUAAAGAGCUAAGAGCUGGAAUGAUGCGUUUUUUAAAAAAACUUCAGGGUAUUGGAGUUUUGAUCAAGAGUGGGGGGAAACCGUGAGAUCAUAGUGAUUUUUUUAAAAAAAUGAGGGCAACAUAUGGGUGUCUCUUAGAAACUGUGGUGUGUUUUCGUUGUCCGUCAUUUAAUGACAAUGGUAAAAAGGGAACAUGCUUUCUUGACAUUAGGAUCAGAAAAGACAAGACGUUACAGUGAAAUAAUUUGUGGUGAUGCUUUAUCAAAACACUUUGGGUGGAGUCUGGGAAAGGAGAUAAAACAAGCAAUUUUGCUUAGCCCCCUCUGGUGUCCCCCUCCCACCCCUGCCC